CAAAAGAAACUUUUGUUUUGCGCUGGCAAACGUCAAAGGUACAAUCCGGACGAAGAAGCCGUUGGGGAAUCUUCUAAAAUUAACUUUGCAAACAAACGUCAGGAACGUUUGACGCGAGAUAAGAUAAGACGGGCCGACAUUCCGAGGGCGGGCGGGGGCGCGGCUCGCCCGCCGCGGGACUCCUCCCCCCUCGCCGGCCGAGCUAUUUGACUGCGGCGGCUGCGUGGGCGCGCUCACACUUGCCCUUUGACCCUCGCACGUGCCCUGAUGGACAUUGACAGCCUGGUGGCCAACGGGGUUCUCGUCAGGGCCAGAGAAGGCGGCAGGAGUAAAGGCCGCAGCUGGAAAUGGCAGGAGAUGCUCCGCUUCCCGCACAUCAGCCGAUGCGCCGACGUGGCCGCCAGCAUCGAGCGGGACUACGCGGACUUGUGCGUGGUGCAGCCCGUCGGCCGAAAGCUCUUCGGCCAGUUCUGCGACAGUCGAAGCGACCUACGAAAGUACGGCGAGCUGCGGCGGGCUCUGGUAAACGCGCUACACGCAGUACACGACGGCCCCAACGACCGAUUUGAGCUGGAAAGAGACGAAACCAGACGAGUAUUCGGACUUCAAAUCAUUCAGGAGUUCUUCACCAUAAACAGAGCCCAGUUUGUCCCCGAGGUGUCCAAACACAAGCGAGGUUGUCUCUGGGGUCUGGAUCACGAGCCUCGCAGCGACGUCUUCGGGGCCUGCCGAGGAGACCUCAACGCGUUCCUCAGCGGAGAACCUUUUCAGCAGUACCAGCGCAGCAUGUACUUUGAGCGCUUCCUCCAGUGGAAGAUGCUGGAAAGGAGGCCCAUCACCAAGAACGAGUUCCGAGAGUACCGAGUCCUGGGCAAAGGCGGCUUCGGAGAGGUGUGGGCGUGUCAGGUCCGAGCCACGGGGAAGAUGUACGCCUGCAAGAAGCUGGAGAAGACGCACGUGAAGAAGCGGCGAGGCGAGGAGAUGGCGCUCAACGAGAAAGAGAUCCUGGAGAGUGUGGACAGUCGCUUUGUGGUCAACCUGGCCUACGCCUACGAGACAAAACGCGAGCUGUGCUUGGUCGUCACCAUGAUGAGCGGCGGCGAUCUGAAGUUUCACAUCUACAACGUGGGCCCGGCCGGACUGGACCCCCACCGGGUGCGCUUUUACGCCGCCGAGGUCUGCUGCGGCCUCGUGCACCUGCACCGCAAGUCCAUCAUUUACAGGGACCUGAAGCCAGAAAAUAUCCUGUUGGACGAACACGGACACAUCAGGAUCUCGGACCUGGGCCUCGCCAUCAGGGUGACCAAGACGGCGGUCCGAGGCCGGGUGGGCACGCCGGGAUACAUGGCUCCAGAGGUGAUCGGUCGCGAGUCCUACGGCGCGAGCGCCGACUGGUGGGGUCUGGGCUGCCUGAUCUACGAGAUGACGGCGGGCCGGCCGCUCCUCAGGAUGAAGGGCGAGCGCCCCACAAAGGCCGAAAUGGAGGACAGGAUCCAGACGAAAACGGAGGAGUACGGCGAGCGUUUCGAACCGCGCGCCAGAGACAUCUGCUCGCAGCUGCUGGUCAAAGACCCCGACAAGCGGCUCGGCUGCCGGACGUCGGGAGGCCGAGACGUUCAGGCGCAUCCUUUCUUCCGGGAGAUCAACUUCCGGAUGCUGGAGGCGGGGCUCGCGGAGGCGCCCUUCAAACCCGACCCGCGGCUGGUUUACUGCAGCGACGUGCAGGACAUCGAGGAGUUCUCCACGUUGAAAGGCGUCAGCAUCGACCAGAGCGACAGCAACUUCUACGCCAAGUUCAGCACGGGGAGCGUCGCCGUCGCCUGGCAGAACGAGAUCAUCGAGACGGGAUGCUUCAACGAGCUCAACGUUUUCGGACCCGGCGGCUCUCGGCCGCUCGACCUGCAGUGGACGCAGGCGUCCGAGAGUCCGAGGAACGGCUUGUUCAACAAAAUCUUUCGCAGACUCCACCCCCAGGAGGCGACGGAGGACGGCGGCCGACGGAGUCCGGCGUCGGACAACUCGAUCGCGUCAGGAAUUCUGUCCCCGCCUAAAUUGACUUUUUAAGCGCCUCAGCCUGACGCGCUCCGACUUCCUCCCUCGGAUGUUUUCGAAAUGUACCGUACGGCGACGCCCCGCGAUUGGGAGACCCUCUUGAAGACGUUUUCCCACACUUUGCCGAAAUCAUCUUUCUAUUAUUUCAAUCACAUCUUGCCAAAUUGAUUUCAUAGCGCUUUUUUCCCCACGAUGCUCAGACACCUUUUUGAGCUUUUGAUGGGACAAAUUUUGGAUAACGCCGGAAACGUCAUUAGCUGAAACGAAGUCUCCAGACCCGAACCCGACUGAGCAUCUCAAAUGACGCCACAUCAGACGACGGACCCAAUUGCAACACAUUUGUUGCGCAGAGUUCCACGUGGAAG